AUUGGCGUCCAUGAAUAACUUAGAUUUAGAGUUAAAAGCAUCUGACUAUCUACUAGAGACUUUCUUUGCAACGUUCCCAAAAGUAUCUUUCUCCAGACUCUGUCUUUAAAACAUUGUGCACGACCAAGUGGCGAUCAUCGGCUUGCCCCGGACUAAGGCUGUAUCAGCUUCACGUUCUAGCGGCCUUCCAGAACGAAACGUGCGACGUGCGCCCAAUUCAAUACGAAGUGAAGCGCCGUGAAUCCCCUCGAUCCAGAAACUCCCCUCGACCAACAUUUUUGUACAUCGUCCCUAUGAAGUACUAUCAUACCACCCGCCGAGGAGUCAAAGGUCGAACGCGUGCGUUGUACAUUACCACCAAACAUCACUUGUGACGACAAUCCGAUCUUCCAUUAUCACGCCGAAUGGUGUUGAGCUGAGGCCAUAUUGGAUAACGCCAAAAUGGCAGCCACAGCAGGGUUGGAGUCUUUUGAUGAUGUAAAGAAGCCUGCGGGACCAUCUUCUUCGAUGAAGGGCAAUGCUUUCGAAAGACUUCCUGAUGAAAUCAUUGAGCAAAUACUGCAACUUACAAAUCCGAAUUCUUUCGCAUCUCUGAUCAUCUUGAAUAGAAAGUGGCGAGAAGUUUCACAGCAAUCACAUCUCUAUGCUCAUCAUCUAUCACGAUGUCCGUCAUAUUCUGCCGCACAUCUCUCACUUCCUCUACCAGUAAACGAGGACAGUCUGCCACAACUUCGUCGAUUGUUUGCACGAGAGAUCAAACGCAAUCUUUUCGAAGCAUAUCUGCGACCUCGAGAAACGAUCAUAAACAUUGUGUCAACCUCAAUUAGCUCCUCAUCGGCGCCUGGAGGUGAAGCAUUUCACUUCAGCCUAUCACCCAGAGGUCACUACGUUUUGGCAUACAGCUCUUCCAGACUUCACGUUAUAGACGUUACGGGAUGGGAGGUUACAGUGAAGAGAGAGUUCAAGAUCUUGCGAAGACCUGCUUCAGCUACAAUUACGGAUGAUGGGCUUCUGCUGGCUGUUCUCUCAACAGAUCUUCAAGUUGAUCUUUACGAUUUGAGUACCCGACCUCCAAAACACACUCGUGCUGUGGCCCUGGAUCAUACUCCCCGAACGAUCGCCUUGUCUCCUACUGGCUCCGUACUGGCAGCGGCUUACGAUUCAGGGGUCGAGGUAUCUUCGUUGAAUCCGAGCCAUGUGAGCACAGAACGACGGGCUGUUAAAUGCUAUGCCGUGGAUUCGCUUUCCUUCUCAAGAGAUGGUACACAAUUGUUGGGCACGACUAUGCAAUCACGAAGCCCAAGCACAGUCGUGCUUACGGCACCUUACUAUGAUCCGGGUGGCAGUCUACCAGAAGAUAGCAUUAGUGCACUUUGGACGACAUCUAUCCUCUUCCCAAAUGGAAGUCGUGAUUGCAGUCAUGCUGUACUACUUCCAAGCCCUGACGGAGAAGCUAGUUGGACCUUUACCUACGACCGAGUAUUCGAGACAUUUCGUGCGGUUCGCAUUGAUGACCUUCGAAACGGGACCACUUAUUUUACUGGACCUAUUGCGGAUGCUUCGUCAAUCUCCAAACUGCUCCCAAGCACUCUACCUACUGCGAAUGCAUCUGGGGAUCUUGUUGCUGCAGGCUUUCAGAGUUCCAUCUGGCUUUAUGGAGUGCCAGAAGAUCUAGAAGCCGUGCCAAACAUCGGCAGAGAAGGCAGCAAUAGCACAACCGAGACAGAAGUCAGCACGCCCUCUACAUCCAGUCUCAUCGGACGGAGGAAUAGUGCGCCAUCUCCGAGGUCUGGAAGUCGACAGAGCAUAAGCAGGAUCCCUCAAUGGCAACUACUUUGCGAUAGAUUGCGGAAUACUUUUGUUGAAGGCAGAAAAAUUGGUACACUCGAUCGUGUCAGUGCUUUAGCUUGGGUAGAUCCUCAGUCUACUACUUUCCAUGGUGAAAGAUUGGUAGGAGUCGCUCCUGGUGUUGCUGGACCGUGUGCAACAAUCGAGGAAGAUGGAAUGGCUCCUGUUGACGGAGGUCGCAUAGGUCUACUUGAUUUUGAUUAUUCGCCAAACGAUGGGAAAAGGAGUUUAAUCACAAUUGAGGUUGGCAUGACCGAACCUGAAGUUCUAGAAGAAGAGCAUAGAGACUUGGAUACAGAAGUAGCUCUUGUCAGAAGGAGAACAGUAGCACAAAGACGGGGCAAUCGCAACCAUGUGUCACGAUCCGCAACUACUGUCGCACGAUCUCCUCGAUCCGAAUUACCUCCGAUGAUGCCAACUAUUCAAGACCUGGGUGAUCCCUUCGCACCGCGCGCUCUCCCCAUCAGGAGACCCAGUCAGCAAACAACAACAUCGACAGAUGAGAACGCUUCAGUUGAUGAAGACCAGGAGGCAUUUGACGCACCGUAUUCACAUACCAGUCCAAGAUCUGGUACUACACUACGUCGCGCUGCUACUGCUGCAGCGGUAAAUCGAAGAUUGCAUCCACGAGCUGUAGCUCAAGAUCACAUAGAAUAUCGUCGUGCCGAUGGUCGAGAAGAACAUCCGCACGAAAGUGAUGCAGACAAUUGGGUUCCGCCGCCUCCACCAUAUACUCGGGAACCCAUUCCACCUCUCCCAGAGCACAUUCAAAGGUCUUUGCUGGCUGAGGCAGCUGCUGCUACAUUGCAACGAUCUACUACUCAAAGAGCACCGAGUCUCGACUUCCCUGGCCUAGAUUCAGGCAGUCUACAGCGGUCCCGAACCAUUGCGACAAUAUCAUCUUCUAGGUCCGCUGAGUCUCGUAGAGAACGCUAUAACGUUCAAAGGACGUUGAGCCAGUCAACAAACAUGACUGCGGAUCGUAUAUCUUUUGAAGAGGAAGAAAGACCUCGGCCAGUCACCAGUCCUAGAUCGCCAAACGAAUUUGACGAUCUCUAUGAUGUAUCUCCACCUGGAACGCCACAGCUUUCACCUCGAAGAGCAUCAGCACCUGUCAAUCUAAUCCCGAGAAGACCUGUCGGCGCACCUGCUAGCAAUAGCAAUAGAAAUGUGUCACCUCCCACUCCGGGUCCCACGAUGCGAGGAACAUUAGAUCAACCUGUGUCUCCGAUUCCUCAACCAAAUCCGAUGGAAAGUGCACUAAAUCGUCGCUUGCAAGAUUGGGAAAUUACUACUCAACCAGGACGAGUCUCACCUAUUCUCGAGUCAGCACCUUCCCCAACUAGGGAAGUGAAGCAAAACAUUCCACCUGUUCCCAACCCCCAGGUCCAAUCACGUCCUACGAGCACUCUCUUCAAGGACGUUCCACCUCGACCAGACGAGUUGCAUCACCUUACAGACCUUCCUCCAUCGCAGCCUGUAUUCCAGGCACGCCAACAAAGUCUGGAAUCAGAAGUAUCCCCUCAUCCUCGGCGUAGCGAGACUGUCCCGAUAGAAAGAUCUCCUCCAAAAGACAUGGACCUAGAACCACUCGCAAUCUGGAAACGGGCGGAGACAGCACCAGUUGCCGCUCCACAUCCAUCUAGAGCUGCACCUCCUCCUCCGCCUCCAAGUAUGGUUAUGCCGAGUGCGGAUCAACUCGCACGUCUGAACAGCCGUAAAGGACGUCCAGCUGGUCUCGCAGAUCCUCGACGGGUAUCAGGAGGUUCUAAUCAACGACCUGCCAGCGGCAAUCAUAGCAGGAAUGCUUCUGGUGGCUCAAUGCAAAGCAUGAAUAUGCAGAAUACACCUCCACGUCUCACACCGGAGCAGGCAUUCAAUACAGCACCACGUGCUGCUGUGGGCUCUUACAGUUCUUCCCCUCAGCGCCUAAACCCAGGUUAUCAUCAGCCACCUCAACAACCUUAUGUUUCAAUACCAGCCCGUCGCAUAAGUAAUGGUGCUUCACAUAACCGAAACGUGUCUAAUUCCUCACCUAAUCUUCGUCCACCAAUGCAACGUCUAGAAACCAUCCAUAGCCAGACAUCUGUCGGACCCGCUGAACCAUCGCCAUACUUUGCCCAAAAAGCCAUGAUGGUAUCGAGACAGCCGAGUAGAGCCGAGAGAAGUGCGGCGAAGAAUAUCAAGGAUGCCAAGAAAAGAGGAUGGAGAUCGAGUGCAAAAGAGAAUAAGAAAAAGGAUAGGUUAGGUGGAGAUGGUGCAAGUUCUACGGGAUGGACGGACAUUUCACGGGAUUCUGCUAUGCCUAGGUAUGCAGAGAAGGAAAGAAAGGAGAAGGGAGGAAAGUGUCUGGUUAUGUGAGCGGAUUACAGCACGUUCAAAAUUUGCAUAUAUACCCUUUUCUGCUCGGAUGGAAUCCUAUGAAGGAGUACUAUUCUAUGAGAUGUUACUCUGAAUAGUCCUAAUUUAAUGGGCUAAUGAUUCAUGAACCAGUUCCUAAAUAAAGUUCAUCAUUCCAAAAGUGGAAGUUGCGCUUCAAAGAUACCUUCCGAGAACAUGAUUUUAACUUCGAGUGACC